AAUGAAAACUAUUUAUUUAUUGGUAUUAAUAGGUUUGUGUCUUGGUAAUGAUGGGACAUUAUAUUCAGUGGAUUAGAGAUUAGGGAAAUACUUAAUAAGUGAAGGUAAAUCUGCAACAGCAUUGGCUUGGGGAUAUUAUAAACAUGAAGUAAUGUAAGAUGGAUGGGGUAAAUUAUAUAUUUGGACAAGUGAUAGAUUUGAUGCACAUGAUUAUAGUUUAAAGACAUCUUAUGCAGCAGGUAUAUAAUAAUUUAAUAUGAUUUAUAGGUUAUUUGGAAGGAUCAUUAACAUACGAACAUAUAUAUAAUCAUUAUUGGUCUUGGCAUGAUUUUACUUUUGGAAAAGAAUAAGUAGAUAUUAAAUUAGAAGAAUAUUUAAUAGAGUAAUAUGAAUAUGCAAGAAUGUUGGUGAAAUAAAAUAAAGGAGAUGAAUAUUAUGAGGCUUUAGGAAGAAUCUUAGCAUAAAAUGAUGGAUUAUAUUAAGCUAUUUAAGAUAAGGCUCCAGUAAAUAAGAAAAUUAAUUGGAUUUAAUUAUUAUUAUUGUAAGCAUGUGGUGAUAUAUAUGAAUUAAAAGAAGCAAUGAAAACUAAGUCAGAAAGAAUUUAAUGGCAUUUGUUAACUCCAGAAGAAUUUGAAUGGGAAAGAGAAAAAAGAAUAUCUUGUUCUGCAUUGAUAAAAGCAUUAGAUGAUUGGAGUGAUGUAUGGAUGGCACAUACAACAUGGACAAGUUAUUAAAAUAUGCUUAGAAUUUAUAAAUACUAUUCAUUUUCUGGUCCAAAUCCAUAUAGAGUUAGUUUUUCAUCAAAACCAGGUUUAUUAUAUUCAAAAGAUGAUUUCUAUGUUUUACCUGAUUCUAAUAUGGUUGUUAUAGAAACAACUAAUUCAAUAUUAGAUUCUUCACUUUAUGAUUUAAUAAAUGCAUAAAGUUUAUUAACUUGGUAAAGAGUUCCAGUUGCUCAUGCAAUUUCCAAUGGUGGUGAAAAAUGGACUGAAACAUUUAUUAGACAUAAUUCAGGAACCUAUAAUAAUUAAUAUAUUGCUAUUGAUCUUAAAGUAGUUAAAAAAAAGUAAUAUAAUAUUAUUUAAUUUUAAGUGGUCAAGCACCUGAAAAAGAUUUUAUUUGGAUUUCUGAAACAGUUCCAGGUUUUGCUAUCGUUUAAGAUGUUACUUAAUAAGUUAUAACUAAUGGAAAUUAUUGGAAAAGUUAUAAUAUUCCAUAUACACCUGAAGUAUAUGAUAAAGCUGGUUAUACAGAAGCUGUUAAGAAAGAUCCUAUUAAAUAUUCAUAUGAAUUAUGUCCAAGAGGAUAAAUGAUGAAAAGAGAUGCUCCUAAAGUUACAAGUUUAGAUAAGAUGAAAGAAUUCAUCAGAUAUAAUGAUUAUAAAAAUGAUACUCUUUCAUAAAAUAAUCCUGGAAAUGCUAUCUCAAGUAGAUUAGAUUUAUUAGAAGUAAUCUAUAUUAAUAUUAUAUUUUAGACCAAUCCAAGAGCACAUGGAUCAAUUGAUGGAAAAGUAGCAUCAUUAGCUUCAGUUCCAUUAAAUAUUGCUUAUAUUUAAAGUGGACCUACCAAAGAUAUUUAACCAGUAUUUAGUUGGACUCCUUAAUUCACUGGAAUUCAUUGGGGUUAACCAACUACAUUUAAUUUCUCAUGGGUUGAAGUUAAAGAAGAAAUAAUUCCAUGAAAUAUAAAUAAUAUCAUCAAUUAUUUAAUCAUAU